UUAAUUGUUAAAUCUGGCAAAUGGCUAAAUCAAAUAUGUUCAAUAAUAAACUUAAAUGUUCGUAGAGAGCAAAAGAAAAUUAGUUGGAUGACAAUCAAUAUCAAAAUUUCGAAAAUAGCGCGCUAUAACAAAGCUUAUUUUAGGGAUUUCGUUUCGAUUUGGCCUCCAAGGGUGAAUCUAAAGGAUAAUAAAGGAACGUAACAGUCAAAGAAAUUUUAAGUUAAAAAAAUGUAAUAAAUCAAAUUCGGAAACAAUUUUAAACAAAUCUUUUGCUCUGUUGGAAUUUCUUUGUUUUCUAAAAUUCCUUUUUUUUCCUUCUCUACACUCUUUUGUUGUUGUUUUAUGUUAAAACCAAACUUCAAAACACUUUUGAGUUAUUAAUUACAUAAAAAUAUUUUUUAGAGAAUUUAAAGAAUUAAAAAAAACAAAGGACCAGAAUUUAACCAGGGACACGCCCAAAACAUCUAUAUUUAAAUCUCCUUUUGGGUUUAAAUUUAAUUUUAAAAAUUUAUCAAACAUUCAAUUUAAUAAACUCUCUCAAUUUUUUAUUUUUUUGCUAAAGAACAUUUAUUUUAAAAUCACCGAGGUGACCACAAAAUUUUUUUUUAUUAUUUUUUUCUCUUUCUCAUGAUACUUUCAAUAUAUUUCUUCAUUGUGUUAAUACCCGUUGUGACGAGUUACCAAGAUGAUCAAAGCCUAAUCAAGGCUAGAUACCUGAAAUCAGAUAUCACAUCGGGUACCUUUCCCUCAAUGGAUUUUUGUACCGAGUACUGCCUCAAUCAAUGUAAACUGAUACCCUUAUUUGGCUCAAGGACACCAGAGUUCCAAAUCCGAUAUUUCUGCAACAAUAUUAAAGAAACAAGGGAAUCUCAUAAGACCAAAUACCUCACCUUGUCAAUGCUUACACUCUCGGUAAUAAUAACGAUCACUAUAAUUUUUGUCAUGUGCUGCUAUUGCAGCAGACCCCCUCGAGCCAGAAGAGUUAAUGUAAGAUCGGACUCACAUGUAAUCGAACUGCGUGAAUUCUAAGGAAUGAUUCCUAACUUUUGUGUAUAUUUCUCGUAUUAAUGACCACCAACAAUCCGCAAAAUUAGUCUCAAAUUUUCCUUUUCUAAUAAUAUACCACUCGACCUACACUCCAGGGCUGGGUUUAUUUCGCAUUUUCGCGUUUCGCAUCUUUCGCAUUCUCGCAUUCUUUGGCGCGAAAAGUUUCGCAUUUCGCUUUUUAUUUUUUCAUUAAGCCUAGCCCUGCUACACUCUUUUUUAUUUUAAAUGUGCGAAUUUACUCA